GCAGCGCUCCGCUCCUACACUUUAUUUUUAACACUUUGGGUGGGUCAGACAGCGGCUGAUGAGAAUGAGUGUUAUGUGCGGCGACCCUGCGCCCUGUCCCUGCCCCUUCAGCAGCUCUCCUCCACCGUGACCCAGACCUCAGCGCCUCUCAUGGAAUUAUUAUUACUGCCCUUCAUAUAACGGAUUGUUAUUAUAAAGACCUCGACAAAGAAGCGUAUUAUUAUUCCGGAUUGUUUUUGCAUUUGUAUAGGUCAUCCAUCUCUGGCAUUCCACAGUCUCGUCUUCGGGUGGCACGCUGUUUCUGGUGCUCUGUUUCUCUCAUUCCCACGAAUCUCUAUGGCGACAAUGACUACAGACUUCGACAAUUCUGAAAUCACUCAGCAAUACAGCCGCAUCAACACCCGCUUUGAACUGUCUGACGAAGAGCUCGACAACGACAACUGCUCGGCCAGACUGUUUGAACGCUCGCGCAUCAAAGCACUCGCAGAUGAGCGAGAGGCUGUUCAGAAGAAGACCUUCACAAAAUGGGUGAAUUCUAUAUUAGCCAGAGUCAGCUGCCGAAUCACAGAUCUCUAUCUGGACCUGCGGGAUGGGAGAAUGCUCAUCAAACUACUGGAGGUUCUGUCAGGGGAGAGACUGCCCAAGCCGACCAAAGGCCGAAUGCGGAUCCACUGUCUGGAGAAUGUGGACAAAGCCCUGCAGUUCCUAAAGGAACAAAGAGUGCACUUGGAGAACAUGGGAUCACAUGAUAUUGUAGAUGGGAACCACCGACUUAUCCUGGGCCUCAUCUGGACAAUCAUCCUUCGCUUCCAGAUUCAAGACAUUAUAGUAGAGACAGGACAAGCUGACCAAACAGGCAGGCAGGAGACUCGCUCUGCCAAAGAUGCACUUCUCCUGUGGUGUCAGAUGAAGACUGCAGGGUACCCCAAUGUAAACAUCACCAACUUUACCACAAGCUGGAAGGAUGGCAUGGCUUUCAAUGCUCUCAUACACAAACACAGGCCAGAUCUGGUGGAUUAUGGCAAUUUAAAGAGGUCCAACCCCACCCACAACCUUCAGCAGGCCUUUAACAUAGCUGAACAUAAGCUAGGAGUCACCAAGCUCCUGGACCCAGAGGAUGUGUUCACUGAGAACCCAGAUGAGAAGUCCAUAAUCACAUACGUUGUUGCAUUUUACCACUAUUUCUCCAAAAUGAAAGCUCUGGCAGUUGAAGGCAAACGUGUUGGGAAGGUACUGGACCAGGCCAUUGAAACAGAGAAGAUGACUGAAAAGUAUGAGACAUUGUCAUCAGAUCUGUUAACAUGGAUUGAGCAGACCAUCAUUGUGCUGAACAACCGCAAGCUUGCUAACUCUCUUACAGGCGUCCAACAGCAACUGCAGGCUUUCAACUCAUACCGCACUGUGGAGAAACCACCAAAGUUCCAGGAAAAGGGAAACUUAGAAGUACUGUUGUUUACCAUCCAGAGCAGGAUGAGGGCCAACAAUCAAAAGGUCUACACACCAAAAGAGGGUGCACUGGUGGCAGAUAUCAACAGGGCAUGGGAGCGGUUGGAAAAGGCAGAGCACGACCGUGAACGGGUCCUGAGGGAUGAACUCAUCAGGCAGGAGAAGCUGGAGCAGAUGGCUCGUCGCUUUGACAGGAAGGCUGCCAUGAGAGAGACCUGGCUUCUAGAAAAUCAAAGACUGGUUUCACAGGACAACUUUGGCUAUGACUUGCCAGCAGUUGAGGCAGCUAAGAAGAAACAUGAUGCCAUAGAGACAGAUAUUGCCGCCUAUGAAGAACGUGUCCAAGCCCUGGUGGCCCUGUCUAAAGAACUGGAGGCAGAGCGAUACCAUGAUGCAAAGCGCAUUGAUGUGAGAAAAGACAACAUCCUAAGGCUAUGGGACUACCUGCAGGAACUCCUGAAAGCUCGCAGAGGCCGUCUGGAAAAGAACCUCACCCUCCAAAGAAUCUUCCAAGAGAUGCUCCACAUUAUCAGCUGGAUGGAUGAGAUGAAGGACCGGCUCUUGUCCCCAGACUAUGGAAAGCAUUUAUUGGAAGUUGAGGACUUAUUGCAGAAACAUUCAUUGGUAGAGGCAGAUAUUGCAGUACAGGCAGAAAGAGUACAAUCAGCCAAUGCUGCAGCUCUUAAAUUUGCCAAUGGUGACAGUUAUAAACCAUGUGACCCACAGAUCAUCCGUGAUCGGGUACAGCAUUUGGACCUGUGUUAUCAAGAGUUGUGUGCUCUGGCAGCCCAGAGGAAAGCUUGUCUUGAGCAGUCACGAUGUCUCUGGAACUUUUUCUGGGAAAUUGCAGAGUUGGAGAGCUGGAUUCGGGAAAAGGAGCACAUCUUCUCUUCUCUUGACUAUGGUAAGGACCUGACCAGUGUGCUGGUACUGCAGAGCAAGCACAGCGUCUUUGAGGACGAGUUUACUGCCAGACGUGAUAAUCUGAAACAGGUGAUGGACGAUGGAGAGAGCAUGAUCCAGGCCAAGCACUUGGGUUCUCCCCAAGUGCAACAGCGCAUGGAUGAUGUACGAAGACAGUGGCAGCAGCUGGAGGAGAUGGCUGCUUUCCGAAAACAGAAUCUGCAAGACACCCAGCACUUCUUCCAAUUUCAGGGUGAUGCUGAUGACCUUAAGGCCUGGUUGGUUGAUGCUAUGCGGCAGAUGAGCAGUGAUGAUGUUGGGCAUGAUGAGUACACUACACAGCGACUGCUCAAGAGACAUCGUGACCUAAGAGAUGAGGCUGCUAAAAAUGGAGCCACCAUUGAUGCUUUGUCUAAACAGGCCAAUGCACUUCCUGAAGAACUUAGAAACACACCAGACAUCCAGAGACGUCUGAAGGAUAUCCGGGACAUGUAUAUUGAGCUUCUGACCCUCUCAGACAUGAGGCAGAAAAAUCUGGAUGACACCAUGGCACUUUACACUAUCUUCAGUGAGACGGACGCUUGUGAGAUCUGGAUGGGCCAGAAGGAGACAUGGCUGGUUGGGCUGGAGACACCAGAGAAGUUGGAAGAUCUGGAAGUUGUACAGAACAGGCUAAGCAUUCUUGCUCAAGAGAUGGUUAACAUGCAGGCCCGGGUUGAUGAUGUCAAUAAAGCAGCCAAGCAACUUGAGGACAGCAGACAUCCACAAACAAAACAAGUGAAAGACUGUCAAGCUUGUCUCAAUAAGAGGUGGGAAGCUUUUAAAGCAAUGGUAGAGGGUAAAAAGUGUAAAGUGGAUUCAGCCCUCAGCCUACACAAUUAUGAUCUUGAUUGUGAUGAGACAGAGUCGUGGAUAAAAGACAAGACACAAGUUAUCGAGUCUACACAAGAGCUUGGAAAUGACCUUGCUGCAGUCAUGACCAUCCAGAGGAAGCUCUUUGGCAUGGAGAGAGACCUUGCUGCCAUUCAAGCCAAGUUGGAUUUCCUGCGUGGUGAGGCAGAGAAGCUUGUGAUGGACCAUCCAGAAAAUGCUUCUGAUAUCCUUGCCAGACAGGCAGAUCUGGACACAGCCUGGGACACCCUGAAAUGCACCUUGAAAGACCGUGAGGACUCUCUUGGGGAAGUCAGCAAGCUGCAGACCUUCCUACAGGACAUGGAUGAUUUUCAGGCCUGGCUGUUCAAGACGCAGAAGGCUAUUGCAUCUGAGGAAAUGCCAAAUAGUUUACCAGAGGCUGAGCAGUUCCUGAGUCUUCAUGAUGCUGUGAAGGAUGAUAUGGAUGGCCAUGAGGAAGACUACCAUCGUGUUAGGGACACGGGAGCAGCUGUGAUUCAGGACCAAGAAUACGAUCCUCAGUACCAGCAGCUGGAGCAAAGGCUGGAGGGUCUUGAUAAGGGCUGGGAUGAGCUGCACAAGAUGUGGGACAGCCGCAAAAACUUCCUAUAUCAGGGUCUCGGCUUCCAGCAGUUUAUGAGAGAUGCAAAGCAGGCUGAGACCAUCUUAAAUAACCAGGAAUACACUUUAGCCCAUGUAGACAAGCAUGACACCCUAGACGGAGCAGAGAAGGCCCUGAAGAAGCAUGAGGACUUUGUAACCACCAUGGAUGCUAAUGAGGAGAAGAUACUGAGCACUAUAGAGACUGGUCAGAGGCUGGUGGACAGUGGUAACCUUUACUCAGGAAGGGUGAAAGACAAGAUGGACUCUAUUAAAGACAGGUACAACAAGAAUAGAGACAAAGCCAAGGAAGUCUCAGGGAAACUCAAAGACAACAGGGAACUUCAGCACUUCCUUCAAAACACCCAAGAUCUUACACUGUGGAUAAAUGAGAAGAUGCUGACUGCACAGGAUACAUCAUAUGAUGAGGCUCGAAACCUCCAUAGCAAGUGGCAAAAACACCAGGCCUUCAUGGCAGAACUUGCAUCCAACAAGGAUUGGCUUCAUAAUAUUGAUCAGGAGGGACAAGAACUGAUGGAAUCCAAGCCUGAGUUUGAGCCUAUUGUAACAGACCAUCUUGCUAAGCUUCAUGAACUGUGGGAUAAGCUGGAGAGCACCACACAGGAGAAGGCUAGGCUGCUGUUUGACGCAAACCGCUCAGAGUUGUUUGACCAAAGCUUGACUGACCUGAAGAAAUGGUUGGCUGAACUGCAGCAGCACCUCCAUGGUGAUGUGGAUGAAGAAGUGAAGGAUCUUACCAGUGCCAACAUCCUGCUGAAGAAACAUCAGAUGACAGAAAAUCAAGUUCGGGAUCGUGCACGUGAGCUUGAGGAGCUUCAGGAAGCUGUACAGCAGCAGGUCUCUCUUAGAGAGGACCAACCUGAGCUUGAGGCAGAGCAGCAAACUCUUCAGAGGGAAUUCCAGAAGCUCCUCACACCUCUUGCCCAACGCAGGGGAAAAUUGGAGGCUGCUAAGGCAGUGCACCAGUUCUUUAGAGACCUUGCAGAUGAGAUACUAUGGGUUAACGAGAGGUUACCAAUGGCAAUAUCAGAGGAUCAUGGCAACAAUCUUCAGAGUGUUCAGCUUCUACUUAAGAAGAACCAGUCACUACAAAAGGAGAUUGACGGUCACCAGCCACGCAUUGAUGAAGUGUUAGAGCGUGGCCAGCGAAUGGUAGUGGCAGCGGAAGGCAGUCCAGAGGCAGAGAGCAUGUCAGAGGAGAUGAGGAAGCUCCAGAAGGUAUGGGCAAAACUGCAGGAUGAGAUGGACAAAAGGAGAGCACGGCUGUAUGGCUCCAAUGAGGCCCAGCAGUAUUACAAUGAUGCAGAUGAGGCUGAAGCCUGGAUUGGGGAACAAGAACUCUACAUGAUUGCUGAUGAGAAAGCCAAGGAUGAGCAGAGUGCUAUGAUCAUGCUGAAGCGCCACCUGCUCCUGAAGCAGGUUGUGGAUGACUAUGCACAGUCCAUCCAGCAGCUGUCAGACCGCGCUCAGACAAUGCUGGCUGAAGAUCACCCAGAAGGUGAAGUCAUCAUCCGAAGGCAAGGGCAAGUUGAUAAGCAGUAUGCUGGGCUGAAGGAGCUGGCAGAGGACCGCAAAAAGAAGCUGGACCACACAUACCAUCAUUUCCUGCUGAGCCGUGAAGUGGAAGAGCUUGAGCAUUGGAUUGCAAAGCGUGACGUGGUGGCCUCUUCACAAGAAAUGGGCCAAGACCUUGACCAUGUGAUGAUUCUGCGAGAUAAGUUACGGGAGUUUGCACGGGAAACAGGGACAGUGGGUCAGGAAUGUGUAGAUGCUGUGAAUCGGAUCAUAGAUGAGCUGAUCGAAGCAGGCCACAGUGAGGCGGCGACCAUGGCGGAGUGGAAGGACGGAGUCAAUGAGAGCUGGGCAGAUUUACUAGAGCUCAUCGACACCCGGGCUCAGCUUCUCACAGCUUCCUAUGACCUUCUGAAGUAUUUUUAUGAUGGGAAGGAGCUGGUCGCGCAUAUCCAUGAAAAGAAGAAUGAACUUCCUGAUGAUCUGGGAGAGGACUUCAGCAAAGCAGAGUCAUUCCACCGCAUGCAUGCUGCAUUUGAGAGGGACAUCAGCUCCCUGGGCAAACAGGUGAAACAGUUCCAGGAGACUGCAACUCGACUGCAUGCCCAAUAUGCAGGAGAUCAGGCCACUGCCAUUAAGGAAAUUGAAAAAGAGGUGGUGGAGGCUUGGAAGGGUCUGUUGGAUGCUUGUGAGGGCAGAAGGAAGCGGCUGGAGGAUACAGCUGACAAAUUCCGCUUCUUCACCAUGGUGAGAGACCUGAUGGCCUGGAUGGAGAGCAUCAUUCAGCAGAUAGAGACCCAGCAAAAGCCAAGAGACGUGUCCUCAGUGGAGCUCCUGAUGAAAUAUCACCAAGGAAUUCGAGCUGAGAUUGAGACCCGUGGGCCAAUGUUUAAUCAGUGUGUGGAGCUGGGAUGUGCCCUCCUGGAACGCAAACACAAGGACUCUGCAGAGAUCAAGGAAAAGUGGAUGCAACUGAUAGAGAAAAGGAAAGAGAUGAUGCUCAAGUGGGAUGAAAGAUGGGAAUGGCUAAGACUUUUGCUAGAGGUAUGUCAGUUUGCUCGGGAUGCAUCUGUGGCAGAGGCCUGGCUGAUAGCCCAGGAGCCAUACGUGGCCAGCAGGGAUCUGGGAGAGACAGUGGACGAGGUCGAAAAACUUCUCAAGAGGCAUGAGGCCUUUGAGAAAUCCACUGCUACAUGGGAGGAGCGUUUCUCAGCACUGGAACGUCUCACAACAUUUGAGCUGUUGGAAAUUCGAAAGCAACAACAGGACAUGCAACAGUACAGACAAGAGGGGGAGAAAGAAAGCAGGAGAGAAGACACAGGCUUUGUAGAGGAUUCCUCACAACUCUACACCAUAGAAGAGCAGUCUCUGUCUGGUAUGGAAGUAAUAGAGCCUAGUUCUGGCAGAGGUGAUGGUACAGCAGGGGACUCCACUGUUCCACUGGUCUCAGAAAUGCAGGAAAGUGGCUCACUAGAGCUGGACCCCUCCACAUCCAUUCAAGUUACCAGAGAGACAGAAAAGGCUGCCACUCUUCCCACUGAAUCUUCACAAGCUCAACCACUCCUGCUGGAGGGAACUCUAGCCCGUAAACAUGAGCUGGAGGGACCUAAUAAGAAGGCAUCCAAUAGGUCCUGGAACAACCUUUACUGUGUGCUCAAACCAGGACAGCUCUCUGCCUACAAGGAUGCCAAGAGCUUUAGUCAUAGUGUCACUUACCAUGGUGAGGAACCCUUGACCCUCACCGAUGCUACAUGCGAGGUGUUGACCAAUUACAAGAAAAAGAAGCAGGUGUUCAAGCUAAGACUUGGAGAUGGAAGUGAGUAUCUGUUCCACUGUAAAGAUGAGGAGGAGCUUCAGAACUGGACUCAGGCUAUAGAGCAGGCAGCACAAACAGUGACAGAGGAACCAGUUGCAGGGCCAUCAGGAGUGAAGGCACAAAGCCUACCCCCACCUUCUACUUCCACUACUCUAGAGGUCCCCUCUACCAAGAAGGACAAGGAGAAAAGGUUUAGUUUGUUCACUAAGAAGAAAUAAAAAGAGCCCAAAACAAUCCAGGAAACCAAAACAGGGUGAAGAAACCCUGGACAGAAUGUGAAGCAGGUGAAACAAUCACAAAAGGAACAGAUUUAUAACACCAUAAUUUUUUUUUUUUUUUUUUUUUUUUUUUUUUUUUUACACAUUAUAUAAAUUUGUAAGGAUUUAGCUAUAUAAAAUGUAGAUUACACUGCUGCCUGUAUCUAAGCUAAAGAAGUGUUGCUGAAGUCCACAUGUAUUGCUAUUUAUUUUUUGUUGUACUUUUUCCUAUACUGGACUUACAAACCAAAUUCACUCUACAUACAAAUAAAAGCACAUGAAUCUGUUUAAAUUUAACCAAAAAGUAGUUAAUUUUUGAAAAGUUUUUAAUGUGAUGAGCUUCAUCUAGACCUGCUUUGGUAGUUUGGCUAUAAAAUAUGCAUAGUUUUGUUAAUCUGCCUUAUUCCUUUAAAAUGGUUGCAAAUGUAAUACUGUGCCCUUUGCAUUGGAACUUACUUAAUUUCCAUAGAGUUAGACAAUGGGGAGGCGUUUCUUUUUUUAAAGGUGUUUAGUCAUAAGGAGGUAUUGCAAUAAAGGUGUUUGGCAUUGUACACUAUGGCGUUAACAUGCACUAUAUGCAAUACGCACAGUGUUCAGUGUGGUUUUAGACUGUCCUAACUAAGUGUUUUAAAACCUAUUUCCAUUAAGCCAACUGAAAUAUUAAUACUAAUAGUAUAGUGAUAUUAUAUUAAUAUGUGAAAAUAUUAAUGCUAAUAUAUUAAUACUACUAUUAUGAAGUAAAGGAAAGACAAAAAAAUUAGAGCAGUAAAUAUGGUGCUAUAUGAUUAAAUUACAGAGUUGUAUCCUCUCAUAACUCAGGUUUUCCAGUAUGGCUGUUUCAGGCCUAAAUCAGAUCAUGAAUACCCUUAUACUACGACAGGAAACCCUUUAGAAGGAUAAAAAUAAAAUCCUUACUGCAAAAGAUACAGCCUGGUCAGUGCCGUCCAAAGCAAACUCUGGUGGCCAGCAUAACUGCUGAAUGUUUGAGCACAUGGAAAUGGAAGGGGGUAAGGAAGUUUAAGGAAUUUUACAUUGUACUAAAAAACUCCCUGCAUACAUUUACACACUGACCAGACAAAUCCACACAUUACAAUAAGUAAUCACUCAUAAUUCCGAAUAUGUUAUUUAUAAAUAGAAAUUCGUUUUCUUAGUUUCCCCUCAGUAUUACAUAUUCAUGUUGAAAUAUAAAUCCAUACUGUUGCUGUUGAGCACUGAAAGCUAAAAUAUAUAUAUAAUAAUAUAUUUCAACAUAUUUUAAACAAUUAGCCAAACAUUUACUUAAUUUCAUCUCACUGUUGGAUUUUUUAAUGGCUACGACAAAGAAUAAGUUUACGGAGUCAGUUAUGAGUCAAUGUGGUGCUUUAUUAAAGGUCUAAUUCACCUAAUUCUCUCAUCAUUUACUCACCCUCAUGCCAUCCCAGAUGUGUAUGACUUUCAUUCUUCUACUGAACACAAACAAAGAUUUUUAGAAGAAUUUCUCAGCUCUGCUGGUCCAUACAAUACAAGUGAAUGGUGACCAAAACUUUAAAGCCCCAAAAAUGAGAUAAAAGUAAUCCAUAAGACUCCAGUGGUUAAAUCCCUUUCUUCUUCAUUUCUAAUCAGUUUUGGGUGAGAACAGUUAAAAAGCAACUUAUUUUUUACUGUACAUUUGCCAUUGCAAUCUUUAGGCAUGAUCAUGAUUUCAAGCUCGAUUACACUUCCUAGAGCUUGACGCAUACACACAGCACUACAUAGUGCUAGGAGGUGUAACUGAGCUUGAAAUCAUGAUCGCCAAUGAGACUGCAGAUGUUAAGAUUUAUAGUGAAAAAGGAGUUACAUUUUGGUCUGCCUACAAUCGAUUGAAUCUCUUCAGAAGACAUGGAUUAAGCCACUGGAGUCUCAUGGAUUACUGUUAUGCUGUGUUUAUGUGCUUUUUGGAAAGCUUCAAAGUUUUGGUCACCAUCCACUAGCAUUGACCGACAGAGCUGUGAUAUUGUCCUAAAAAUCUUUGUUUGUGUUCUGCACAAGAAAGAAAGUCAUACACAUCUGGGAUGUCAAGAGAGUGAGUAAAUGAUGAGAGAAUUUUCAUUUUUGUGUGAACUAUUCUUUUAAGGUCAUGGGGGUUUUUGUUGUCCACUACGCAUAUAACCUGGUCCUGCGAAUCCCAGUUCUGUCACUUUAAACACACUGCAGUCUAGAACUACUUUUUAACUUAUAUUUCCACAUUAUCCAUUUCUUUUCUCCUUUUAUAUCUGUAUUUUCAAUGCAAAAUCACAUAUAAUAGUUUGAAGGCAAUGUCUGAAUCAUUUUGACACUUUGAAAAUAAACUCUCUGUUUG